UGGGCUGAGAGGAAAAGAGGGCAUAUGUGGAGUAUGAACGUGCACCAGCACAUAGAGCGAGUGAGCGAGGAUGCAGAGAAGAGAGAUGCUCUGCACUUCAACAGUGUGUUUCAGGCGCUACGACCACAGCACCAUUCCCAGCUUCACUGGAGGCGCUUUAAUUGCCGAUUUUCAAUUUUCUAAUUUAAACCUCUGCUCAACUGCUCUCUGGUUCAUAUCAGUCAAAAUGCAGCUGCUGGUCUCACUGAACUGGAGGUCUUGCCAGAGGGAGGACUUUGACCUGUCAUCUUCACUAAAGGAUUAUCUCUGAGCUCAGGACAUGGUCUCUUGACUGACCCUACCACACAUCAAAAGUGAAAACCAGAACAUCCUGGGCCAUGACUGCUCUCCUGACCCAAACUGCUACUGCUGGGACUGCAGCAGUUCUGCUGGCUAGCACAGACUCACCCUUUAACCUGACUCUGACCUCUGCACGGACAGAACUUGAAUCAGGCCGGCCGCUGGCUCCGCUCUGUACUGUCUGUUGCUGCGGCUUUCUCAAUCGCACUUUUGCUGUCGUCUUCAUGGUCAGCCUGGCUUUUGCCAUCGUGGCUGGGAACGUGAUCACUCUGACUGUAUUUGUGCAGACAAGACAGUCUAGAACACCGCAAGGCUACCUGAAAGUGUCUCUGGCCAUAGCUGACAUGAUGGUUGGCCUCCUUGUGGUUCCUUUCUCCAUCUACACCGAGAUCACAUUGAUGGUCACCACCGUGCCUCCCAUUUGGUAUCAGGGGGGUUCUACAUCUGCAUCCUCCUCUCUUGGUGCACAGCGAAGCUCAUUCCAGCCAUGCAUGCUGAUUGGACCUGUGUUUGCUGGCUGUACAUUUGUCUCCAUCAGUACCAUCUUCCUCAUGACAGUGGAGCGAAGUGUAGCCAUCCUGUGGCCACUCCACAAGGACGCCUUGGUGACACGGAGGAGAACUCUGCUUCUCAUCCUGCUCUCCUGGACCACCAGCUUCCUGCUGGCACUUUCGCCCCUCAUCUUCAGCGGCAAUUUCACUUUGGAGUACAACGAGUGCAGCCGGAUGUGCAACUACACCCCGCUGAUGCUCGGCAAACAGCUGCCGCCCGAUGCCAACAUCUUGCUGUUGUUUCCAGCGUUUGACUUCACCCUUCUUGGUGGAACGCUAGUAGUUAACAUAGUGUCUUUCACAAGCAUCAGGGAGUACUCCAGGAGACGCAAACUGCUCUCAGAGGGCAGUUUGAGCGACGGAGGUGGAGGAGGAGGUGGAGGAGGAGGUGGUGGAGGAGGAGUGGCUUGCCCUCACAGACCCUCAUUUUCAGACAUCAAGGCUGCGAAGACAAUAAGCAUAUUAACAUUCGCCUUCACCGCCUCUUUUUCCCCCAUUGCAGUGUUUGUGCUUGGGAAUGUGGUGGGAUACACUUGGUGCAACUUCUCCUUUGUUGCCUUCUGGAUUCUAACAGGAAACAGCUGCUGCAACGUCAUUAUCUACAGUGUCAGGGAUCACCGUUUUCGGAAGGGGAUGACCCUGCUCUUUCAGCGUGAACACUUCCCCCCACAGGUGGAGAAAACCUGAGGCACGGUUUUAAGUACAAGAGAUUUGCUGUGGGUGGUGGGAUUGGUGCUCAUUACAUGAAGUUGUUAUCUUUACUAUGUUACUCUGGCUUAGUGAAGUCUUCAUUGGGAACCUGUGGACCAGUAGGUUAGAUGCAGUCAUUAGACCAGGCCAGUCCAGAUUCUUUCCACAACAAUCAGUGACUUUUCUAUGCAUGGUGUGGCUUUGUCAAGGACAAACACACAUACUGUAGAUCCUGAAGGAAAUCCAUCCUGAAUCAGGUUCUGCUUUACUGCCACAAUGAGAUCCUCCUUUCUGGACUCCUGGUCUUAGCUUCUUCUGUGCCCACAUCUCAGGAACAAAACCUGGAAACAGCACAACGGGAUCAAGUGAACAACAAGGCAUAUCUUAUAAACAUAAAUAAUGUGCUUGUUCUUAUUUCUGAUUCUGUCCAUUCUGAACAUCAUUGUGCAGCUAUUAUGCUCUUACUAGCUUUGGCACAUGAGUUAUGAAAACUAUAAUGUGUUCAUAAUUGCGAUAUUUUCCUGCCCCAUGACAAACUUUAUACACAUAGUGAGAACAGGCAGAUUUGUACAGUUUUUUUUACAUCAUGCUCUAAAUUGAUAUGAAGAAAGCUUCAAAAAAGGAACAGGAACUUUGUCCCUCAGUCAGUUUGGCACAACAGCACUGACUUUCACUGUAGCAUGGUGUUUCUCUUCUCGUCUUCUGCCCCAAUAGAAGAAAUCAAACAUAAUAAAUGAAAUCUCCACAAGUCACCCUUUGUAGCCACAUAAAACUCUAUGGUAAUAAUUAUCUGCCUCAAGUAUCGUAAAUAAAAUUAGGUCAGUGUUCAGUCAUACUGAAUAAUGUAAACGCAAGUGUUGUUUUUCUAAAUGUAGAUAAAUACAAUGAAUGGGAUGGCAGCACAGUGGAGUAGUGGUUAGCAUAUCUGCCAACAUGGUCAGGAGAUCGAGGUUCAAAUCUCUGUUGCAUGUUGUCCCUGUGCCUGUAUGGGUUUACUUUACUUUCCUCCCACAUUCCAAAAACAUGCAUGUUAGGCUAAUUGGAGACUCUAAAUUGACCAUAAGCCCGAAGGCAGCUGGAAUAGGCUCCAGCUCUGCUACAACCCGAAUGAGGUCAAGCAGUAUGGAAAAUAGUGGAUGGAUUAAUGAGACGCCAACGAAACAGCAGAUACUCAUACCUCAGCAUACGUUUUUCUUUUUUUAAUUGAUUAUGAUUUCAAUUCAAGUAUGAAGAACAAGUUUGAUUGGUCUCACACAUUAUAUUGGUCCUUACACUGUUUCUGUAACUCAGAUAUACAGUGUUUCCUCGUUUAUCGCGGGGCAUAGUUUGCCAAAAUAAUAAAAGAAGUGAAAUCCGCAAAGUUAGCCAACUAUACUUUUGUACAAUUAUUAUACUCUAUAUGUUUUAAGGCUGUAAAACCCCUCACCAUACACUUUAUACACUUUUCUCAGACAGCCAUUAACAUUUGAUCAAAUUCCUCUCUUGUUUAAACACUAAAAGUUCAAAUUUUGAUUGAAUUUUAAUGAUCAACUUACCAGAUUGAGGGCUGCACAGUGGUCUAGUGGUUAGCAUGUUGGCCACACAGUCAGGAGAUCGGGAAGACAUGGGUUCGAAUCUCCGUUGGGCAUUUCUGUUCUCCCUGUGCGAGCGUGGGUUUUCUCCGGGUACUCCGGUUUCCUCCCACAUUCCAAAAACUUGCAUUUUAGGUUAAUUGACGACUCUAAAUUGUCCAUAGGUAUGAAUGUGAGUGUGAAUGGUUGUUUGUCUAUAUGUGCCCUGCCAUUGGCUGGCGACCAGUCCAGGGUGUACCCCGCCUGUCGCCCGAAAUCAGCUGGGAUAGGCUGGAGCAUACCCCCGCGAUCCUAAUGAGGAGAAGCGGCAUAGAAAAUGGAUGGAUGGAAAUUACCAGAUUGGGCACAAGAAAUUAAGUGGCUCACACAUAUUUCACUCCUCUGAUCGUGGCUGGCGACCAGUCCAGGGUGUAACCCGCCUCUCGGCUGACGUCGGCUGGGAUAGGCUCCAGCAUACCUGCGACCCCAGUGAGGGUGAGUGGCAUAGAAGAUGGAUGGAUGGAUGAUUGUGGCUUGCCCUGGCGCCAUUAGGCUGUCGCGUUUUGUCUCUGUUUGUUAAAACAUAUUCCUCCUUGUCAUCCUCCAUGAACCGAAGAUUCAUUUACAGUAUUCCAGGCCCCCUACAGCCGCGUAACUUCUGCCUUCAUGCAGCAUGUAUGAUACAACAGGAAAUAGGCAGUCCUGUGUGAAGGAGGACUGUUGUGGCUCUAUAUUUACUGAGACAAACUGGACACGUCUUCAACUCUCACAUGAGUCUACAAAACCCUCUACUGGUAGCAGUAGUAAAUACAAUAGACCCAUGCAACAGAGCACCGAUAGAUCACUCUAAUACACCACAAGGACGCAGAACACAAUGUGCGUUCAUACGGUGUUAAAAAAAACUUGCACAUUGCAAAUCCACAAAAGAGCGAAUCCACGAAAGGUGAACCGCGAUAUAGUGAGGGAACACUGUAUGUGAUCAUUUUAUUGUAUUUCAUAGCAAUUAUGUCUUUAUAGCUUCAAGAUUAUUCAUUGUCAGAAAAUGGGCUGUACUCUAUAGGCCCAAAGAAAUGUAAAGGCUGAACGGAUUCUCAGCGUGAGAGCUGCUGUUAGAAUGAUUACCUCUUCAUUGAAGGCCUCUGUGGUAUUUUCGUAUCUGUUUGUACAAUGUGAAAAGCGGCAUAUUUUUUUUUUUAAAAGAUCUGUUUUAGUCCUUCUGUUGGCAUGCAAACAUAAAAAUAUAAAUGUGUGACAAUAAAUGCACAAAUGGAAACAUAUUGGUAGGUUGUGUGAAUAAACGUGAUUGAUAUUAUUAUUAUGCUGCCACAUAUGAGAAUUGCUGUACAGUGAAAUAAAAUGUGAUUUGUAACAUUUCAUGUGUGACGUUGAUCGGUUCAGCUCCUGCAAAACAAUAGAAAUUGUUUUUAGUUGUUUAGCUUUUACCUACGUACGGGCACCUGAGGACUUCAGGGGUGGCACGGCAACUAAGUAAAAACACAUUUUCAACCUUCGGAAAAACUUACCAAGAGAGCAUACCAAUAAGACGGGUGAGCACAAAGUCCACAAAAUAUGCUGCAGAAGAUAACUUUUUGAGGGAUUAAGGGAGACUCAACUGUACUACAAUCA